AUGAUAGCACCGUACUUAUUUAACAAAAAGUAUAUGCUUAGAGCCUAUCCCUUGAUUAUAACACUUAUAGUUAUGAUGUGGUUCGAAACAGAACUUAAUAUUAAAAUGACUAAAAUUUUUGGGAAAUUUAAUCAAAGGCUCUCAGAUUGUGAAUCGAAGAGUUCAGAUUGCACAGUUAACGAAAUGCUUAAAUUUUCGUUAAACAACUUUGCUGCAAAUUUUUUAAUGAUUUCAUUAUUAAGGUGUUUAAGAAGUUACUUUGUAAAUAUAUUUGUAUUUUACUGGAGACAGGCACUUACAGAAUAUUAUCUCAAGAGUUGGAACUUAAUUAGUGAAAUUGAGGGAGCAUCCCAGAGAGUCCAAGAAGAUACAGCAAGAUGGGCUAAACAAGUUCGUCUUACUACUUUUGAAAUUUUAAGUGCAGCAAUGACAUUCUUCAAAAUUAUUCCCGAACUAAUAACACUUUCACCCACAAUUCCAGAGCUUUUUAUUCUAGGUAAACUGAAGAAUGGUAUAAUUUUUCCUCCAUUUAUUAUAUUUGGAUUUCAAUUAAUCAUUUUAAUUUUAUCAAGUUACAAAUUGCCAUAUCUUCACUUUGAAAAUCAGAAACUAGAAGCUAAAUAUAGGAAGAUCCUUGCUUUGAAUGAAGAUUCUGAACAUAACGUUGACACAAAAGAGUUAGAAUCAGUUUAUGAAUAUUUGACUAGAAAUUACUACUCAACUUUUAAGUGUACCUUCUUUUUCCAAUUUUUGUAUGUUUCAGCCAAUGAAAUUGCUUGGUUCCUUGGUAAUAUUUUCUUAUGGCCAUCAUUCUUUCAUGGUUCAAUGACUGUAGAAAUCUACUACACGGCCCACAAAUUUAUGGGGGAUAUGUUAUUUGUUUUCAUGGUUAUACAGGAAAGAUGGAGAGGAUUCACGGAAUUAAUGUCAGUCUAUAGAAGAUUGAUAACUUUCGAGACAGAAAUUAACAAUACAAAUAAGAAGGAUGUUCAACUUAAAGAGGUUGAUCUAGAUUAA